CUAUUGAAAUGUAUGAAUAGAUUGAAUGCAACUAAAAGUGUAUUCAAUUCAAUGGUUUGUUAUUUCAAUAUUUCUUUCAUUUAUUUGUUGCACUUAUUGUUGGCCACAAACACAUCGGUUACAGACAUUUACCACCAAAAACAAUGUCCAAAUCAGAUGCCGACGCUAUGGAUACACAAGAAUCAGCUGACAAAGUAGUAGCCACUGAGAUAAAUGGAUGUACGGAUCAACCGAUGGACAGCGAAUCGCCGGCCAUUACAUCAUCGGUUAUGGCAUCGGCAACGGUGGCCACGGCUGCUAUCAAUGUUUCGCUACACCCAUUAGUUAUAAUGAAUGUAUCGGAACACUGGACACGAAUUAGAGCUCAAGACAGUGAUGGUGUGGUUGGAAGUCAAGUGAUCGGCGCUCUGAUCGGUAAACAAAACGGCCGUAACAUUGAAAUAAUGAAUUCAUUUGAACUGAAUUACGAUCGCAUCGAAAGUGAUAUACUUAUUGAUAGAGACUAUUAUAAUACCAAAGAAUCACAAUUCAAACAAGUGUUUCCCGAUCUGGACUUCUUGGGCUGGUAUGCCAGUGGUGACCAACCAAAUGAAUCAGAUCUUAAGAUUCACAAACAAAUUAUUGAAAUCAAUGAAAGUCCUCUUUUCAUGAAACUUAAUCCAAUGACUCGACACACAGGUCUUCCCUUAAAGUUAUACGAAUCGGUUAUAGAUUUAGUCAACGGAAAGGCAACGAUGCUGUUUGUGGACAUUCCGUACCAUUUGGCCACAGAAGAGGCCGAGCGUAUAGGUUUGGAUCACAUGGCGAGGAUGACAUCGACGACCACCCAAUCUGGUCAGAUGACCAACUCAUUAGUGGCCGAACACUUACGAGUCCAAUACAGUGCCGUCAAAAUGCUUAGAGAUAGGGUUCGCCUAAUUCUUGACUAUAUUCGCGAUAUUCGUAACGAAAGUAUUGAAUGGAAUCACGAAAUACUGAGAGAGACAUUCAAUUUAUGCCAUCGACUACCAGUGCUGACCACCGAUAAGUUCUCACAAGAUUUCUAUAACCAAUGCAAUGAUGUGGCGCUCAUGACUUACUUAGGAAUGUUGACUAAAGGAUCAAAUACUGUCAACCAAUUCGUCAAUAAGUUUAACAUUCUUUACGAUAGACAAGGAAUGGGUCGUAGAAUGAGAGGUCUCUUCUUCUGAUUGAUGAAUACUUUAUUACUUUAUAAUUAU